AUGGAGAAUGCAAUGAAGAAACCACCAUAUCAAUACGAUGAACCCAUAUGGAAGAUAUGGAAGCACAAAAGAUAUAUUGUAGCAAUACUUUCCUUCAUCGGUUUCAUGAACAUUUACGCCUUAAGAACCAAUCUCAGCAUCGCUAUCGUCGAUAUGACUUCUGUUAAAAACACUGUUUUACCAAAUGGAACCAUAAUUUCCGAAAAGGAAUUCAACUGGGACUCCACGAUUCAAGGUUACGUUCUGAGUUCGUUUUUCUACGGAUACAUCCUAACUCAAUUCCUAGGAGGAUGGCUAGCGACAAAAUGUGGAGGAGCUAGACUCUUCGGUUUCGGCAUCGCAGCUACAUCAAUAUUCACGUUGAUUUCACCGUUGAUAGCCAAAACCAACGUUUAUUUAUUCAUCGUCUUUAGGAUCCUAGAAGGAGCAUUCGAAGGAGUGACGUAUCCAUCAACGCAGGAACUUUGGUCUCAUUGGGCGCCUCCUGCGGAGAAAAGUCGCUUGGUCAGCUUCGCCGGAUCCGGGGCAUAUUUUGGGGCUGUGGUCGCCAUGCCAGUGUGCUCAUUGCUCGCUACUAACUUGAACUGGGAGGCGAUUUUCUACGUUUUCGGAACACUCGGCCUCGUCUGGUAUCUAGUUUGGGCGAUUGUAGUAAGGGAUACUCCGACUAAAGAUUCCAAUAUUAGCGAAAAGGAAUUGACGUUUAUCACCGAAUCUAUAAAGUUAGUUAAAAGCGAUGUUAAUGUAAAAAUACCUUGGGUUAAAAUACUGACGUCUAAAUGCUUUUUGGCCACCACCAUAUGCAUGAGUUGUGAAACGUGGGGCUUCUACACCAUGCUUACAUUCUUACCACAAGUAAUGAAAUCUUUACUUGGUUUCGAUUUGAACGAAGCUGGUUUCCUAUCAGCUGUACCAUACCUUCUCACAUCAUUAAGCAUGCAACUCAGCGGAUACUUGUCCGAUUUUAUCUUGGCCAAGGGCUACAUGAACACAACCAACGUGAGAAAGCUCUUCGUUAUUUUGGGUUUCAUCUGCCAGGGGAGUUUCAUAUUAAUCGCAGGAUAUUGGGUAACUCCCGUGGGAAUACCUCUGUGUCUUAUCGUAGGCGUUGGGUUAGGAGGAACCGCUGUUGGUGCUGUAAUGAUAAAUUUCUUGGAUAUAGCUCCUAAAUUCGCUAGCGUUAUGUUCGGGAUAGCUAAUACUGUUGGAACUGUACCGGGUAUUGUGUCGCCUAUCAUUACUGGUUAUAUUGUUACUGAUUCUACGAACAUAAUGCAGUGGAGGAUUGUUUUCUACAUCGCAUCGGGGUUGUACUUCUUCGGGGUUAUGGUGAGUUUCUUCUUUAUGAGCGGUGUGAAGCAGCCCUGGGCGGAGGGGGAUGAAAAUACUGCGAAUGGUGAUAAAAAAAUCUAAUUCACAAUUUAAAUUAUAUUUUUUAUUACUUGUACAUACACUGUGUCUAAGGUCGAGCGCUACAUUCGUCUGCCGAUUAAUCGCGCCGAAGCUGCGCCUCUCCACAGUUCGACUGAUUCUCUCUUUCUACUGUUUGCAGCGCUCGAACAUGGACACUCUGUAUACCUAUAGUUGAAUUAAAUAAAACGAUUUUAUUAUUAUAACUUAUUAAAUAUAAUUAAAUACUUUACCUGCUUUAAA